AUGAAGAAACCUGUUGGAAAUUGUAUUAAAGGAAAUGGAUUUGGAAAUUUAAUUAAUGAUGAAAAUAUUAAAUAUAUUAAUUGUUUGGAGGGAGGUUUUGAUAAAAUUGUUGAAGUUUCUGCAGAAAAUUCAUUCAAAAAACCACAAAAUUGUCUCAAUUAUUCUUUAUAUUAUUUUGAAAUUAAAUGUAAAUUUGAAGGAGAGUUAGUAAAUAGUGGAAAAAUAUUGAUAAAUAUUGGCCUUAUAAAUUUAAAUUUAAAUAAAUGUGUUUGUUACAAAGCAAAGUUUGCAACAAUUUAUAACGAGAAAGAUGAAGAAUUUAAACUUUCAACACUUUUCUUCAAUAAUAAUGAUAUUUUUGGUUGUGGAUUAGUUUAUCCUCCAAGUAACAAAAUUAAUUAUAAAUUCCCUUAUAUUUUCUUUACACAAAACGGAAAACAAAUUGGUAAAAGAAUUAAUUAA